AUGGAACAUGUUGACGAGGGCCAAAUCGGGGCACGCGGCAGGGAGUCGCAGCUCAAUGAAGAUACUCUCUUUGUCUUCUUCAAGAUGCACACCAAUAUGGAUUUCCAGUUAGACCAGCUGGCGGCCGUCACCGACCAGGGCGACCAGAUCAACCUCAUCUUUAGGACCACCAUUCGCAACAACACCAGCCCCGUGGUUUUCAGGAUGCCGCGAGAGGCGUACGACAAGAAGGGCCGCGGCGAAGACCGCGACGUCAUCCUCGUCGCCUUCAACGGCCUGAUGGACGACCAUGUCCUGCUCAUCAAGGGCAUGAGGGGCUGGGGUGUCACCAUGCCCGACUGGAGAAUCGCGGACGUGGCCCCGGCCUUCAGUAUCGAGCACAAGGUCAAGAGUGAGGACAUGAAGCUGGCCGUCCUGGCCCACAGGUUCGUGCCCUUUUAUGACCAUGUCAAUCUCGACGCGGCCAGCGACGCCAUCGCCACCUUGCACCUCACCAAGACGGCUCUGAGCUCGUGGGAGGCGUCUAUAGUCGCCUUCACUUGCCAUGUGGAUUUCUUCUCCAUGACCGUCGGCCUCUACAUUGUCCCCCAUGGCAAAAACCCUCUGGCCAUCCCCAUUCUGACCGGCAAAGAUGCCGACCCUGACACCGACCUCCCACCCGAGCGCAUCAAGGAGGUCGUCCAGAGGCUCCAGGUUUGCGGUGCCGCUGAGCCCUUUGAUGGUCUGGAUGGGUAUUACGCCCGGUCGGUCGUCUACAGGGCUCGGAGUGCUGUGGAAGCAGAGAAAGCCCUGAAAGAGAUGGCCACAGAGAGAGAUCACCUCAUCACCAAGAAGCAGCUCGCGGAAGCCGCCGAGAACAGGCGGCGGGAGACGGAACUUGCUGAGCCGGUACGCCUGGCCGCUCUGGAGGUCGUCGCACUGUCAGGAGGGGAGGAACACCCGCUGUUCCCCCAGGAAUUUGUCGACAAUUUCCUCCGGGAGCCUUUCGUCCAGCAGCCUGCCAAGCAGCCAUCGGAUGCCCAUGCCACUCCAGGGCCCAGAAACCAAAAGCAGUCCCCCUUGGAGCAACAGAGCCGACAGAAUACACCGCAAAUCGUGGAAGCACGCAGUCGACAGCCCACUCCACGCACCAUGGAGCCGCCCGCUCAGCAGCAGCCCCCGCAGCAGCAUUCUCAGCAGUCCACUCCACAGCUCGCUCAAUGGGCGAUCCAACAGCCUUCCCGGCAGCCAGCUCAACAGGCCACCCAGCUGGCUCUCGACGAAACCACACCGCCAUUCGCCUUUGUCCACCAGACCUACUCGCACCCUAUGCAGCAGUUUGGUGCUCAAGAGGCUCCGGAGCAGCAACAGCCUGUGGAGCAGCUUGGCCAGCAGAACUUUUCGCAAGCACUGUACCAUUUCAGCCAGCAGACCCUGGGGCAGGGCAUGCAGCACUUCGACCCACAUAGCACGCCCAUGGCCCAACUGUUUGGCCUGCUGUCCUUCCAGCAGCCACCAUUCCAGCCAGACUUCCAGCAGCAGGGCUUCCAGCAGCCCAUGGCCCAGCAGCAAACCCAGCAGCUGACCCAGGAUUCCGCUGAUACAUUCAUGCAGGAAACCUUCAAUAGCUUCCCUCAGCAGCCUUAUGAGCAGGCAGGCGGGACAUCUGGCCAGCAGUUCGUCCAGCAGACCAGCAACUAGCUAGUGGGAUGUCUCAUGCUUGUCUUGUGUGCGUGUGUGUGUGUGUGUGUGUGCGCGCGCUCCUGCUUCUUCAUCGUGUUCGACAUUCUAUCACACCGGCAGCCGUGGCGAUAGAGGCUGCUUCUUAUCAUGGAUCUUGGACAUGCCUCUGAGACCACUCAUGACCUUUUCUCGUAGUCGUCGUUGUCGUUCUUAUCGUCGGGCAGCUGCCACUGACCCUAGACGUAAUGGAUUACUCUGUAUUUCGGUUUGUUGGCGGCCUAUUCUUCUAAAGCAGCGGUCUUGUGUUUACAUCUGUUCGAAAGGGGGUUUAUUAAUUUACUGCGGGCCAUUCUUUU